CUCUGGCAAGUGAUCGUCCUUAGAUCAGCAUCCGAAUCGUAAAUGUUUACUGUUAGCAUUACACAAAUAUAAUCCUUUGUUGUGUAGUGUGUUAUGAUGAAUAUGACAGGUAUUAAACAAUUGCGCAGUAUGUAAUUUCUAUGGGUUUAUUCAAAUAUUUCGAAAACAAUGAAGUAUUUCUAUUUAGCGAAUAGUUGCAGAUCGAGGAAGACCCGAACAUGAUUUUAAUCUAGCUUAAGGUAUUUUGAAUACCUACAAUCCGUCUUUACAUUCUUCCUUUGAAGUAUUAAAUUACAAAGAAAAAAUAAGUUUUCGCCUUAUAAAUAAGAUAAUGAAUUUCUUGAUUAUAAAAAAAGUGAUCAAAAGUGUGUAUUUUCCAGGGUGUCGAUGUCCGUCACCGUACACAGCCGCAGUGAGGUGGGCAGUGGCGUGGCAACACACAUGCUGUGUCAGCUUUGUGGCCACCUUUCCCGAAGCCACGCCCACCAACUGUCCCACGUGGCUGCGACUCACCCCGCCUCACUGGACGGCGUGAUGUUUGGUAGACUGGGAAACAUCCUGAUCUACCAGAGCACAGCCAAACUGUUUCACUGUGCUCAGUGUUUCUACACCUGCAGAGACUUCACCAAACUGUACAGUCACAUCAUCUCAAUCCACUGUGAGGCCCAGACCCAGGAGGGAAGAACAGUAGCCCGGGGGGAGGGGGGCAAGACGGCUGGAGGGGAGGAAGAAGAGGGGAAAAUGGUGGUAAAAAGUAAAGAGAAGGACAUGAAAAGUGAGGGCAAAAAUGAGGUGAUUGAGAACAAGAAUAGGACAGAAAAGAAAACGCCGGAUGAUGUUGACCAGGAGGUGAUUGUAGAGAAAAGUGAGGAGGAAGAACAAAUGGUCAGAGAAAGUAAGGAGACAAGUGCUGUGAAAAUAAAGGUUGAGGAAGGAGACUUGAAUGAAAACAGCGGUGCACCCCACAGACUGGACGAGGACAAACCUGACAUUGGGGCAGGCGACUGUGUUCUGACGUUUGAUGGCAUCUUCUACCACUGCCUCAUCUGUGGGUUCAGGAACAAGAUGAAAGUCCUGGGCCUGAACCACGUGGUGAAGAAGCAUAACGUCCCCCGAGGUUAUGCCGGCAAAGCCAUCAGGAGAGAAGAUCACAGCAGGGAGGACAUCGAAGAUCUGGUUGUGGUCGCUGGUCUUAGCAAAGACCUCCUUAAGGAGGAGAAAGCAGCCACAGCAAAGGUGGUGCGCUUCACCUCCAACCGCUACGAGUGUCUCAUCUGUGGCUGGAAGACGAAACUCAAAGGUUUUGCAAUCAGCCAUGUAGUCCGCAACCACGACGUGGAGCGCCCCUACAGCUGCCAGCACUGCAGCCGCAGCUUCUUCGUUCCCAGUCGUCUGCAGCAGCACAUUAGGGCCGCACAUCCACCUGGGCGCUACGCAUGUCCCUUCUGCUGCUUUAAGACCAACUUCAUGGGGGGAUUUAGAAGACACUGCAGUCGCUGCAAUGCCCGAGAUUUGGAGGAGGGAGAGGAGGAGGAAGAGGAGCAGGAGGAGACAGCCGCAGGUGUUGAAGCGGAAGAUGAGGAGAAGAUGGCGACCAGAGGCGGGAGGAAACGACAGAGGACAGCCAGGAUUAUAAAGCAGGAAGAGGAGGAUCAGGAGGAAAGAGCUCAGGAUGGAAAGGCAGAGGAAGAGGAGGAAAAUAAAGAGGAGUGGAUGCAGCCAAGACGGACCAGGAAAACACCUAAGAAGGAAGAGGAGAAAAAUGGAGUGGAGUGGAUGGAGUCGAGACGGACCAGGAAAACACCAAAGACUGUCAGGGUCAUGGAUAAAGAGGACAAAUGAAAACUAACAGAAGUGAAACCACAACAUUGUCCUGUAUCUGAGUCUCGUCAAAGUUCUAGAUUGAUCUGGGUUUUGAACUUAGUUAGGGUUCAGAUCAAGGACCUGGUCCCAAGAUCACAUCUCAUGUGUCCUAGUGUUUAUGAUCCUCAGUCAGAUCUUAUAGUUGGAUGAAAAAUAUACCAAAUGUUAUUUUAGGUAAUGAACACUGGACAGCACUAUUUCACUGUUAACACUACUGCAGGAGUCACCUGAUCUGUGGUCUCACUACUUUUAAACUUUAACUUUAUAUUUAUAGUGAAGAUAUUUCAGUGAUUAUUAUUUUUUUAAGGAUUGGAAAAAUUAUGAACUUUUACAUUAUUUUUUUUCAAAUAAAGUUGUUUUUUUUAAUAAUCAGUUUCAAUGUGACAUAUGAGUGUUUUAUAUAGAUGAUGUUAGAAUUGACCAUUUCCCAUUUAUUUACCUAAAACCCAUAGAAAAACCAAUAACAUCAGGAGAUGGCAUCCUUAUCCACGCUAUAAGCAAAAGAAAAAAGUGCUUUCCCUUCAAAAUAACAUUUCACUGAGCUCAUAGACCUGUUCCCAACAUAGAGACUGGAUUAUUGUAUGAGGUAUCAAUAUAAAUAUGGUUGUGAAAAGGUUCCACUUAAUGAGAGAUCCUUAUUAACGUGAUAGCGGACAUCUUGAGUUGGAACCAAGAAUCUGCUGAUGGAUAUUUUGGAUGGAUUACUGAUCAGUUGCUGCAGUGGAUAAGAUUCAGGGAGAAAAAAGUAAGUCGUAGCAUUACCUCGCUCCUUGAUUGUUGUGUCUAAAGUAAAAUCACUGUCUUAACGACAGUCAAUUGUGUUUUCCAAACAUUGGCCAUGUGGUCCGUAUGUUUAUAGAAACUAGUAAAAAAAAAUUCUAUCUGGUCGGAGAUACAUCCCUGGAAUUCUCUGCUGCUGGUUUCACAGUCUGAGAUCAGAUGCGCCGUGGACACCAAGCUCCCUCAAACGCUGCCAUGUUGAUUCCUCUGACAUCACCAUUGGUGUCAUCGUCAUUGCCAUCGUCUCCAU